AUGGAAAUUGAGUAUGAUGUGCCAGUAAAGUUGCUAUUUUUUGCACACUCAAAGGAACUGGCUGGUAUAAAAGAAACAACUGUACAUUUGCCAACUAAAAUAAGUUAUGAACAACUUUUAAAUUUUAUUGUUGAACAUUUUAAUUUGGAAACUAUUAAAAGUAAUAUUCUACUGGCAAAGAAUGAGGAAGUGUGUUCUGAUAUUGAAGUUAUAGAGCUAAGGGAAAGUGAUAAUAUUGCUGUGAUUCCACCUUUAAGUGGUGGA